AUCAACCGCCGGCCUUCCUCUGUUUUUAAACCUCUGUUUUUUAAACCUCUGUUUCUGCCCUUUCAUCCCCCCAAAAAAUGGAUCGUCUCAUCACCGUCGAGCCCUCCAACCUCAUCCCAAUCAGAAUCGAACCGGGCCAAAAAUGCUCCGGCGACCUCACUCUUCGGAACGUCAUGUACACCAUGCCAGUCGCCUUCCGGCUGCAGCCUCUGAUCAAAUCCCGCUACACUUUCAAGCCCCAAUCUGGAAUCAUUCCUCCACUCGCAACUUUAACAGUGGAAAUCCUUUACCAUCUUCCACCGGGCUUCAACCUCCCCGAUUCCUUCCCUUAUUCUGAUGACUCUUUCCUCCUCCACAGCGUCGUCGUCCCCGGCGCCGCGAUCAAAGACUUCUCCUCCAGCUUUGACUCUGUUCCUUCCGACUGGUUCACCACCAGAAAGAAACAGGUCUUCAUUGACAGUGGGAUUAAGGUUAUGUUUGUGGGGUCGGCUGUAGUGGCGAGACUGGUGGCGGAUGGGGCCAUGGAUCAGAUCAGAGAGGUGUUGGAAAGGAGUGAGCCGAGCUGGAGGGCGGUGGACUCUGUAGACGAACAGGGGAGAACUCUGCUUCACUUGGCGAUUGGGCAGGGGAGGGCGGAUUUGGUGCAGUUGUUGUUGGAGUUUAAUCCGGAUGUGGAGGCAGUGGGGGAGUGUGGCAUGACGGCGCUGGAGGCAGCGGCGGGGGCAGGGCAGGCGUUGAUUGUGGAGCUGUUGUUGGCGAGAAAAGCGAGUACAGAGCGAGGAGAAGGGUCUGUGUUUGGGGCGGUUCAUUUGGCGGCGGCCGGAGGGCAUGUGGAAGUUUUGAGGCUGCUUUUGGUGAAAGGAGCUUGUGUUGAUGCUCUGUCUAAGGAAGGCGAUACGGCGCUGCAUCUCGCUGUUCAAGAGCGCCGCCGUGACUGUGCUCGGCUGCUUCUCGCUAAUGGCGCUAAACCUGAUGUUCGUAAUACUGAACAAGGAGAUACAGCGCUGCACAUGGCGGCCAGAAUCGGCGACGAGCAAAUCGUGAAGCUUUUAAUUCAGAAAGGAGCCAACAAAGACAUUCGAAAUUGGGCCGGAAAACGGCCAUACGACAUCGCGUUCGACCACUCUCACACCCGCCUCUUCGACGUGCUCCGCCUCGCCGACAAGCUUGCCACCGCCGCACGUAAAGGCGACGUCCGCUCAAUCCAACUCCUCCUUGACAGUGGGGCCGCUAUCAAUGGACGCGACCAAAAUGGCUGGACAGCGCUCCACAGAGCCGCCUUCAAGGGCCAGACCGACGCCGCUAGAGCCCUGAUCGAUAUCAGUAUUGAUAUCAAUGCUAAGGAGGACGAAGGCUACACAGCACUCCAUUGCGCGGUUGAGGCUGCUCACGACGAUGUAGUCCAGCUGCUCGUUGAGAGAGGCGCCGACGUCGAGGCGCUGACGAAUAAAGGGAUGAGUGCAAUGCAAAUUGCUCAGUCGAUGCAGUACUCGAGGAUUAUUAAGAUUUUGAUACAGGUUAGCGCCGGUAAAGACAACGACGCACCGCCGCCGCGAACGCCGUCGUGGGGGUUGACGAAGAAGAAACAGCAAAAUAAAAGCAGAGGGAGAAUUAGGAGUUUACGGAGUACGGACUUUGAUAAGUCAGUGCCAUUGUCAGUGGUGUGAAUUUUGAGAAUAUAUAUUUGAGUGUUAUAUAUAUAUACACACACACGUAUGUAUUUAUGUAUGGAAUGCCAAGUGAUGAGAUGGAUUAUAUAUGUAUAUUUUCCAUCACUUGUUUGUUUGUUUAAAGUUUAAGCAUGUAUAAUAAUUGGAAUUUUGUAAUUAAUUCAACGUUAAAUUACAA